UAGUUCAGUAUAAAACCAACAUCCGUACGCAGCACAAGCCUCAUCCACAAUGGCAGAUUACAGUCCAGAGGAAUUGGAAGCACCAGCUUGGCUUGACGAUAAGUUCUUCACGGAUAUUUUGCAAUCAGCUGAAAAUGAUCCAUCUAUCCAAAUCCAUGACGGUGGUAAGCUACGACCUGCUACCAAUCCUGGAGACAAUUACUGUAGUAUUAUGUUCCGUACCACGGUUCGCUACACAUCGAAUCGCCAGCCCAACGAACUGGUAGUUAAUCUAAUCAUUAAAACCACCCCAACGACCGAGGGAUUCAAGAAGGAAAUGACCAAGGAUAACACUCUGUUUCUGACGGAGAUUAAGAUGUACAGCAAAGUUCUCCCAGCCAUGUCCAAAUUGUUGGCGGACGUUGGCGAACAUUUGGAGAUACCAACAUUGAUACACGCAUCUACGCUUCCGAAUACCGUAAUCGUUCUUGAGGAUGUAUCUCCCAGAGGAUGGCUCCCUGGACGCAAAUGUAUUGAAAGCCUAGAGGAAGCUCGUUUCACCAUACGAAACAUUGCCAUGUUUCAUGCCACUUCAUUAUAUCUCCAGAAAACAACCAUGGAUCUAUCAACAAACGAUGUGAUGCAAUUGAUGACGUCCGGAGAAGUACUGAACAUUUUCACUAGGGGAUACGAUGAAUUGUGUAAUGCUGUUGAAAAAUGGCAAGGCUGUGAAGAGUUUGCUAAGAAGUUGAAAUAUUUUAACGGGUCAGUAAAAGAAAGACUACAGCAAGUCUACACUGCAAAUCCACAAUCGCUAGGCUACAAUGUACUGAAUCAUGGCGACUUUCAGUGGAAAAAUCUUAUGCACAAAAGGAACCCAGCAAAUCGUAUCGUGGAUUCCAUGUUGAUCGACUAUCAAUGCUGUCACUGGGGAUCUCCUGCCAUCGAUGUAUUGUAUCUGAUUGAUUUAAUCGUUGAUAACCAGACAAAAACAGCUUAUCGAAAUGAUAUCAUCCACGAGUAUCAUCAACAUUUUACGACGAUUCUGAACAAACUUGGCUUUGCGGAUAAAAUUCCUAGCCUUGUCGAUUUGCAAAUCGAACUACUGCGGAAGGGGUUCCUUGAGUUAAUGCACGUUUGCGUUUUUGAGCAGUUUAAACACAUGGAGCUUACAGGGUCUACAUUUGAUGAGUAUAAUGAUGGCAAAUUGAGCAAACCUUGCUUUGAAAAUCCAAAAUUCCGUGACAUUGUUCGAUCAGAAUUACUUUCACUUAUGUAUAAAGGUUUCCUGAAUGAAUUUUAAAUUAGACGAGGUAUACAUUUCCACGGAUAGAA